UGCGUUUCGUCGAAGCAGAACGGGAUCGAGCGUCGUGUUAGAAUACCCAUAAGAAAUAAUGGCAUCUCCGAGAGCGACCAGGAAUCCAGCCUUCGGCACCUAUCGAUCGCCGUAUGCGCCGAGAUACUCUACCCCCCUUCACUUCAAGGGUUUCACCCUAGCCCACGCCACAAAGUUCGGCUCAAUUGCCUCCGGAUUCGGUGUUGCAGCGGGUAUCUUCGCCGUGUUCUUCCUCGGUGACGUCCCUCGUGUCCGGCAGGAUAUCUUGAUGAACAUUCCCGUCAUCGGAAGCUACUGGGAGAGACAUAUUGCUCCAGAGGAUAACCCCUUCUAAACUCGCCACACGUUUUGUAAUUUCGGCUACAGGCGAAAUUUGCCAACUGACCCUGCGCUUUGGACGGGGGGGCGGUGGAUUGGGCAGAAAUAAUGCUGCGCAUGAGCGGGGUCUCUGUACGCUUUGUAGAGGAGCUAGAUGGCGAAGAUUACACCCCCUUUUUUUGUAUAGAAUAGAGAAUUUAUGACAUUCCCUGUGUAGUCCUUG